CAGGUAUUGUGCGCGAUCCACUCUUUGUCCAGAACACCAAUGCGUGUUCGCGCAACGCUGGCUGUCCGCCGAGACCUCGCCGCGCAUACAACCUCCAGACUACAGCAGAAGCAGGCGUCCACGGUCCCAGUACACCGUCAAAACUGCAACAGGCGACAGAAACUUUUUCACUUAUUAUUUCAUUUAUAUUUUCAGUAACUGUUGUCACAACCAAGCCCGAAUUCGCCUUGGAAAGUACUUUAUCCAUAAACCCUGACACGAAAGUUAUUUUAUGAACGAUUUUAUCUUAAGACAGUGGACUUUUUAAAAUCGAUUACUCGUGUCUUUUCGGUACGCUGCAAUCCAAUUGUCGUUUUUUCUUUUGCCUUAAACGUCUCUGGAGACUUGUGGAGCUAAACACGCCAAAAAAAAAAGUAAAGGAGGAGAAGAAAAGUUUUAUUUUAACACAACAGAGGUUGUCUCAUUCCAGUAGUCUAUAUUUUCUAUUUUACUAUUGGGACACUAAUUUGACAAUCAUUUGCACUGUCUUCAACGAGGCCCUUGUAGCACUGGCCGAAGUACCGUGCACUUUCUAAAAAUCCAGUUGGCAAGCUAGUCAACCAACUUGAUUUCUGACUGCCCGGCUCGCGAGCUUAGCUAGCUAGCUAGCUUGCGAAGAAGCGUACGUCUAAUACUGUGCAUGUGCAAAAAUCUAACGAGGUACAUCGGAACACUUGAGUAGGAAAGAGUUUUUAAGGUUUUGAGUUUUGCUGUUUAAAGUAUAACCAUGAAGAUGUUAAAAGUGCCUUCAAUAAUGUGCACGUUGGUCGUGUUUUUCGUCUCGGCACAAGCCGAGCAGAAAUCGAAGAGUUGCAGUGAAGUAAGAAUAGCGUACAGUUCCAAAGGUUUCAACCUCAAUGAUGUUCCCAAUCAAGGAGUGAAUGGUGCCCACCUGAAGGUGUGUCCUCAGGGCUUCUCCUGCUGCACGGUGGAGAUGGAGGAGAAGCUGAGUGAGCAGAGCUGCACUGACCUGAAGGCCCCAGUCAACCAGCUGAGCAACACACUGAAGAGCACCUUCACCCAGAGGCACCAGCACUUUGACCAGUUCUUCCGCGAGCUGCUGGACAACGCGGAGCGCUCCCUGCACGACAUGUUCGUGCGCACCUACGGCAUGAUGUACGUGCAGAACGCCGAGCUGUUCCAGCGCUUCUUCCAGGAGCUGCGGCGAUACUACGCCUCGGGCAGCGCCGCCGUCAGCCUGGACGGCAUGCUGGCCGAGUUCUGGGCCGAGCUCCUGGAGCGCAUGUUCAAGCUGGUCAACGUGCAGUACGAGUUCCCCGAGUCCUACAUGGACUGCGUGAGCCGGCACACGGAGGAGCUGAAGCCCUUCGGCGACGUGCCGCGGAAGCUCCGGCUGCAGCUGACGCGCGCCUUCGUGGCGGCCCGCACCUUCACCCGCGGCCUGGAGCUGCUGCCCGAGGUGGUGGACAAGGUCUCCACGGUGAGGGCCUCUCCCGCCUGUGAGCGGGCCGCCAUGAAGAUGCUGUACUGCCCCUACUGCUCCGGGCAGGUGGCCCUGAAGCCCUGCCUGAACUACUGCCUGAACGUGCUGCGCGGCUGCCUGGCCAACCAGGCCGACCUGGACUCAGAGUGGAACAACUUCCUGGAGGCCAUGUUGAGCCUGGCAGAGAGAUUGGACGGCCCGUUUAAUUUCGAGUCUGUUAUGGACCCCAUCGAUGUGAAGCUCUCUGACGCCAUCAUGAACAUGCAGGAGAACAGCAUGCAGGUCUCACAGAAGGUGUUCCAAGGUUGCGGUCAGCCCAAGCUGGCCACGGUCCCGCGGGCCAGCCGGUCCAUCAAAGACGGGAGCUUCCCUGGCCGCUUCCGCCCGUAUACCCCUGACGCCUGGCCCACCACUGCGGCCGGGACCAGUCUCGACAGGCUGGUGACGGACGUGAAGAAGAAGCUGAAGCAGGCAAAGAAGUUCUGGUCCACUCUGCCGGAGAACGUGUGUGUCGGGGAGAAGGUGGCACCAGGGGACGAGUGCUGGAAUGGCACUGCCAAGAGCAGGUACGAGUCUGCCGUCAUGGGCAACGGCUUGGCCAAUCAGGCGUCGAAUCCCGACGUGGAAGUGGACGUCACAAAGCCGGACGUGAUGAUUCGCCGCCAGAUUGCGGUGUUGAAGGAGAUGACCAGCCGACUGAAGGCGGCCCACAGCGGCAAUGACAUCACUGUUGAGAAUGACGAGGACGAGGGCAGCGGGGAGGAGAGCGGCAGCGGGUGCGACUCUCCCUCCUGCGAGGACAACCGGGACAUCUACUUCUCCACGGCCACGCCCCGCAAGCCCGUCGCGCCCCGCGUGAAGGAGGUGAAGACGGUGGAGGACGGGAACGCCGCGGGCCUGGAAAGACGGGGCAGCGGGGCCCUGGCGCUGGCGGGCGUGGCCCUGGCUCUGCUCUUACCCUUCUGGAGAUAGACCGCAAGAGCGAGAGAGAGAGAGAGAGAGAGGAAGAGGAGGACACCGUCAGCGAGGACAUUUGACUGCCUUCAGGACCUUCGUCUGCCAUCUGGGGAUGAAUUUUGAGCUGUUCACCUUUUAUUCCUUUCACCCUUCUAGUUUUUUUUUUUUCCUUUUGUGAAUGGACAUUGUACGCCAAUGGGAUCUGAAUUCCCUACUUUUAAAGUCACCCUCUCGCAGACUUUUCUUAAUUGGUUUCCCCCAUAUGAUUGACGGCGUCUGUUUUAAUUCAGUGUGCCUUUGUCUUAUUUUCUAAAGAUGCACGUGGCCAUCGUGUGUGUGUGUGUGUGUGUGUGUGUGUGUGUGUGUGUAAGAGAGAGAGGGAGAAGACGUAUGCAUUCCUUUUCUAAACCACAAUGUAUCCUCUGACAUUUCAGUGUAAUGUAAACCAAUUUCCAAUUUUACAGAAGUUUUCAGUUAGGAAUUAGAGUAUUUAAUUGGAGUGACAACACCUCUUAAGUUUGUUUUAACCCUGUUUGAUUAUCAUGGAUUUGUGUGCAUGAGGCUAUUGGUUUGAUCAUUUAAUCUGACUAGGGGAUGGAAUUCUCUGCUCACAUUGAAAGAGAAAGUGCUCUGGAUAUAAAAAAUUCCAAGUUGGAAAUUAUAUGUAUACAAUGGAUCAGGCCUUGUUUAACAUGCGUCAGGUCAGAAAUGCACAAUCGUGCAUCUGUACACAGGUGUACGUGUGUAUCCCAAAGGGGGUGGGAAAAAUAGAUUCUGGGGUUCAGUGUCAGGGGGGCAUAAGGGAUCUUUGUUCAACGAAAACCAAUUUGGUGUGGCUUAGAAAUGGUGGAUGUCAAGUGCUGAUAGGUGCAGAUGGAGCUUAAGCGCAAAGCGACUAUAAAUUUAAGAAAGGUGAAUUGUUGCCUCUUUGCUAGGUUGAAGCUUUUGGUGGGGGGUGGGGAAUUGGAAAGAUACAAACGGAUGGCCAAUAAGAGGGUGAUAGGAUGGUAAUGGCAAGGGGUUUGGGUUAAGUGUGAAGGCUUUGCAUUGGGAGUAAUGAAAGAACAGUGCACAAGAGCAUGUGCAUACGUAGGAGUGAAUGCUGACUUUUGGAUCUACACUUAAUAAACUUCCUGCAGAUGGGAAGUGUUUGGGCUGGCCGAUGGGCGGUACACAAGAGAGAAAUGUCCAGUAGUGUUGCGCACAGGUCGAAUGUGGAAUGUGACCAUCAGAAAUGGCUGGGACUUCUCUCUGUACAUUGAAUGUUGUUGAAGAGGGAAAAACCAGCCCUCAAAACAAGCCCUGAAGAAGCAAACCCCAACGGCAAGGGAGUCCAGAACGUGGAAGUGUACAGACUCUACACAGUCCAUCCCAUCCUAUCACACUAGAGCAGUUAAGCCCCACAGAGUAUCUGAUGAGACUGACAGGUGACCCGACCGAGAGGUGGUGUGGAUUUUAAAGUGUGAAUGUGCAGAAUGUGAGAUUUUAUGGCUCGGAAUAACCACCCAAAUGGAAUUGGAGGGUGGUCAAAUUCAAAUCUUUUAUGUGGAAGGAAUUUUACUUUCAUAUAUGGUACUUAAGUUAAUUUUAUCUCUAGUUCCAAAAGGAAGACUGAAGUGUUUGUUUGCACCCCAAAACCUGCAUCUGUGUACCUAGACUGACAAUUUCUUUGAAUGUGUCAUUUCCGUGUAUUUCCACUAUUCUGUAUCCCUCUUAGUUCAUUGGUUCAGUCACCUGAGUGCCUGUAGAGGCAGCAGUGUACCCAACGUUGCAACCAUGUUCCAUUCUUGUAACUCCGUAAUUUAGGGGCACCGUCUGCUACUUAAGUGGUGGGAGAAGAGACUGGUCUUGACCUUUCAAAAGCAUACAUCCUGUAAAGUGCCUGCAGAUGUCCCAUAUGCUUACAAUGGCCAAUGUGAUUGUUGACCAUAGUUGAUUUUUAUUAUUUAAUUCUUUAGCCAUUUGAUCAUUGACAAAUAUUUUUAGCAGAAAAUCAGCCGAAUCAAUAUUUCAGUUGAUACUAACUUUUUUCCUGCACCAAACUCGAGCCUUUGCCAUCUCCAGAUUCUAUUAAUUGCCUUACAUUUGACAUUGUCUCGGUCAUGUACAGUAAAUUAUUUAAUUGCAUGUUCAUUUUUUGGUAAGUCACUUACAAAUACACACACGAAAAUAGCUUCUAUAGCUAUCUGAACAACACAGAAUUGUUACAAAUAAAAUAUAUAUUUACAUACACAGUUGCAGAUGAGGGGGAAAAAGGCAUUUUAAUGGUCUUUGAAGAAUUAACUAGUUUUUAUAAUAACUUGAUGUUUUAUGUUUUUUAAAUGACAUUACAUUAUGUAAAACAGAUUGUAUUGUAUGUCAAGGACUUUUUUUUUUGUAAGGUGAUGAUGUAGACUGACUGAACUGGGUGUUUGACCAGGUCUGGCCAACUCCCCAUUGAAGGUACAUUUCCAGGGAUCAUUAAUAACAGCUACUAUAAAGCUGGGGGUGAUUUCCUCAAGCAGAGCUGACACUCUGCUUUGAGAUUGAGUAGAUGUCAGAAUCAGUUUUGCGUUUUAACUGGGCCAGUCCCUGGACUGGUAACCACAGGGGCGCAGUUCAAUGAGAAAUAGCCAGCGUCUUCUGCAGAAAAUGGAAAAACUGGAUUCACUAAGUAUGUGACAAACCUGACAAAUCGCCAGAUGGAGGGUAACUGUGUGUGAUAUUCCAUGCAACGUCCUGGUGUGAGCGUAAAGUGUGAGAAAUGGCGGAAAUGAAACCGAAUCGCACAGCCCGUGCGGUUGCCAUGUUUGUUUGUUCUGCCCCCGGCGUUUAUGAAUGAGGGUAAAUGAACGUUUUUGUGUGCUUGAGGAAACUGAGCUGGGGGGAGAGUUUUUGAGUGUGCCGUUCACAGAUCAGUGUACAGAUUCCGACGUGGUGGAAAACAGCCCCCACUUCUCCUUACCUCGUGUAAUAUUCCCAUCGCCGUCACACGCGCCAGGAAAAAUCGCUAAGAGGAAGCGAUGGGAGCUCCGGCUCUUAAGGCCGGGCUCUUGUAAAGAUUAAGUGGGUAUUCUAAAGAUUAAAUGGCAGGUGUCAAAUACCUGGAAUAACAAGGGAUUUAAUUUCAGAUCCAAAUAAUGAUUUUAAUCCAGUAAGUGAGACUUGAGAUGGAUUGAUGUCUUUUGGGCACAUGAGGGCUGGUUUUGGCCAUCUCUGGUUUUUCAAGCAACUGGAUAAAUCCUUGUAAAUACUGAACAGCCAUUUUGUAAUGUUAGAUUCUUUGAAAGAAGCCUUAACAAAUCACUGAAAACCUUACCAAAUCCUGUUUGAAGGGGAGCGAUUGAAAGAAGAUAGAUACUAAAAUGUAAAAAAAAAUAUUGAGGAAAAAAAAGUCUUGUUAAAAUAAAGACAAGUAUUUAA